AUGAAACGUAAUGACGUAAUUCUGCUUUUAGCUCUAAAGGAUAAAAGAAAUAUACCCGCCGAUUAUUUUCAAAAGAUUGGGGGAACAAACUUGCAAGAAUCAAGAGAAAAAUUGGAUUUUGAUAUUAUUUACAAUCUAUCAGAAACCGGGAAAAUUGACUUCGAUAUACCACAAUGUAACCUCGCAAGAGCUAAUCAAGAUUUCAUAGCUGUUCCCGAAGCUGAGAGUGAAAAAGAAAAUAAGACAAGAAUUAAUUCCAGCAAGAACACUACGGAAUUUGAAACACUGUUAUCUCCAAGUGAACAUUUCAAAAGCUAUCCCAUCGAGAAAUUUAUUUUCGAUUUGCCAAAUGAUCUUCAGACUCAAUGUGAAAAAUAUGACACUUCUAAUUCUACUUCAAAUGAGGAUAGUGAUGAUUCGGUGAAAGAUCCAGAUUUUCAAAUUGAGGAACGUCGUUCCAUUAAAAUCUCUGACGAUUCCGAAACUGAAGACAAAGUUGGUAACCAAGCUAACUUCGAAGCUACACCUGCAGCUACAUAUUCAGUAUCGACAUUGUACUCAAGCCUAGAUGACACUAUACCAGACACAAAAAAACGAACCAGAAAACGUGUAGCUCAACCAACUGAAUGGUUACAAAAUAAAUGUAAAAUCCUCAUAAAUACAGGAUCUGCUUACGUAACACUAAAAACAAAGGUGAAGAAGGAUGCUAGAAAAAUUAAACCACCGCGUAGCGAACGCUGUCAGUUAAAGUGCAAAGAAAAAUUUUCAGAAGUAGAUAGAGAAGCUGCUUUUAAAGAGUUCUGGGAACUUAAAGAUAUUAACCGCCAAAGAGAUUUUAUCAACAUGCAUAUGGCGCCAAUAAAGCGAAAAUAUAGAUACACGACUACUCAAAAAGGGAAUCAAAUCAUGCAUUUUACUUGA